AUGACUGAUGAAGAAGUAAAAGCUCUAUUCACCAAACUAAUUUUAAAAUGUUCUACCAAAUUCAAAGCAAAUAUGAAAGAGAUGUUGUCUUUGGCGUCUCUACAAACGCCCACCGACCCCCAAGUAAAAUGCAUUUUGGCUUGUGCAUAUCGUGAGCUAGGAACGAUGAAUGACAAGGGGGUUUACGAUUUGGAAAGUGCAUACAAAGUAGCUGAAGAACUUCAGAAAGGAGAUGAAAAGAGGAUUCAGAAAGCAAAGGAACUGGCCGAUGCGUGUUCUAUUGUCAACAAUGAAACAGUAACAGAUGGGGAGAAAGGCUGUGACAGAGCUACAUUACUGUUUACAUGUGGCGUCAAAAAUGCUCCUAAGUAUGGAUUCAAAGUUUAA